AUGGGUUGCUUUCCAGCUUGUUUCACUUCUUCUAAUAGCCGAAAGCACCGAAAAUCAGUAGCUGUAAAUCCCUUUAUACAAAACCAAGAACAAAUCGUUGAAGCAACCGAAGAAGGAGCUGUUCUAUUUGAACCCACAAAGCUAGAUGACAUUAUCAAACCCAUUAAUCCCAUUACAGAAUCCAAACCCAGAGAGGUUAUUGAAGAACAAACCAAGAAUGAUGUUAAAAGGAAAGUGACAUUUGAUUUGGAGGAAGAAGGCAUUGCUGAGAAACAGGAUGAAAAUAAAGAGGAAACACCAAAAGAGAUUGAACCAAUUUUGGGUUCUAUUGGAUCAAGUGUAGUUACUGUGGUACCAUCUUAUCCAUCGAAUCAUAGGUAUGAAAAUUGCUCAAACAGAAAAUCAUGUGUUGAAGGGAGUAGUCCAAGUACUUACAAAGAUGAAGGUGUAAUAGAUUUAUCAGGAAGUGAUUUGAAUGGAGAUGAUUCUGGUGAGAGUGUUGAUGAUGAGGUUGAGAGCAAUAAGCAAAGUGUGAUUCAAGAACAAGAGUCUUCAGAAUCUUUGUUUUCGAUAUCAAUUGAUUCGAGGACUAAGCAAAGUGAUGCUGAAGAACAUGAGAAGGAGGUGAAUAGUUGA